CGUGCCGUGCGGUGCUCUUGCUGCUGUCUCUUCGCCGCGCUCCGCAUAGGCUCGCUGCGUCGCGCCGCUCGACCUGCCGUCAGUAGUAGUCCUGCGUUGUGGGAGCGCGUUUCGCGUGCCGUUCGUGUGCUAGUGCCUCAGCGCCACCGUGCAAUUUGUCGAGUGGAGAGUGUGUCCUACGCACUACCAUGCGCACCGCGUGAAUCCUCGCGAGUUUCAAAACGCACGUUUUGAGUUAUUAAGCUACGCAUUUGGAAACAUUUGUUAAUCUUUCGUGAGUGACUAUUCAGCCCUUGACUUUUUGUGUGCUGGAAAAUGCUAGACGGCGAGGAUCAGCAUUUUUGUAUAAUUUGUCUGUGUUUUUCUACUUUUAAAUGUGAGUGUAUAAACUGCGGCACAACGAGAAACACGGAAACACGCAUAUUGCCCCAUAAAUGUCAGCAAAUGCAAAUUCGGAAUUUGUACAUCGAUUACAUUGGAGAGGCACUCACGCAUUGUGUGUUGGAUUAUGAAAAAUAAAAUAUUGGGUUUUAACAAAAGUGCACAACGCAAGGAUUAUGAUUAGUUGCAACUUUAUGUUGAACAUAAAUUAGUAUCGCUGAUUAAGUGUUUGGAAACAUUCAACGCAGUGCUGUUCGUUUACAACCCUUUGAGCGCGCGCGAAAGAAAAGUUCAAGGAUUAUUGCAUCGAUUUUUACAUAAAACAAAAUCAUAAUAAGCAACGACUUUGCGUUCAAUUUUCGCCUGAUUUACUCCGGCUCAUGCAGAACGAAAUUAAAUUUGUGUGUUGUUUAAACUCAGACUUAUGUUUGUGAUUUUCGUGACUCGCAUGCUCGAACAAGUGCUCCAAGGAUAAUAAGUUCGGCGCAUGAGUUUCACAUAAAUCUUUCGAGGACAGACGAGUGCACCCUGAGACUUUUAAUAUUUUGUGGAUUAUUCCGAUCAAUUUUUAAAACCAAUGGAGAAGCACCGAAAUUGAGGCAAGCAUUUUCUCGGUCCCACAUCGUACCCGCAUUGCAUUCACAUUCAGGAUUCGCCAUCCUGGAACUGAACUAUUGAGAAGAACGAAAAGUUUUUCCACAUCGACUGAGAGUGUACCACACAAUCACUGUGUUCAAAUGCAUUGACGACACAGAAAUUACUUCACUGCCAUUACGACUGCUUUGACUUAAGAAGUAAAAGGACAAUCAUCAAAAAUGGCUAGUCACACAUUUCUCCUGCUGCUGCUGCGAAUGAGCGUCCUGCUGGCGGUAGUUACUGGUUACAAGGAGCAAAAGUUUGCGAUGCAGCCUCAGGACCAGACGGCGGUUGUCGGCUCCAGAGUCACAUUGCCGUGCAGGGUAAUCAACAAGGGCGGCAUGCUGCAAUGGACCAAAGACGACUUUGGUCUUGGCACGCAUCGCAAUCUAAGCGGAUUCGACCGAUACAUGAUGAUUGGAAGCGACGAAGAAGGCGAUUACUCAUUGGAUAUUUAUCCGGUGAUGCUCGAUGACGACGCUCGAUAUCAAUGUCAAGUGUCCACGGGGAGCGAGGGCGAGCCCGGAAUACGAAGUAACUAUGCUACGCUUUCUGUACUGGUCCCGCCGGAUCCACCAAAAAUAGUCCAAGGAGAUUAUUUGGUCACCACGGAGGAUCGCGAGAUCGAGCUGGAAUGCGUCAGCCACGGUGGCAAGCCAGCAGCCGAAAUUACUUGGAUUGAUGGAAUGGGAAGUGUACUCACUGAAGGCAUUGACUACAUCGUCGACGAGUUGCCAGACGGCAGACGUUACACUGCGAAAAGCAUCUUGAAGUUGACGCCUCGCAAGCAACAUCACAAUACGACGUUCACAUGCCAGGCGCAAAAUACUGCCGAAAGGACGCACAGAUCCGCAAAACUGAAAUUAGAGGUAAAAUAUGCGCCCAAAGUGACUGUGUCCAUACUUUCCGGAACAGCGUCCAAUGGACGUAUUCCCGAAGGCGCCGAAGUGCAUUUAGGGUGUAAAGCAGACGCGAAUCCACCCGAAGUUACUUACAAAUGGUACGUCAACGAUCAGCUUCAGAUUGGUGACUUUACGACGGAGCUAGUAUUGCAUAAUGCCACUCGGUCACAUCACGACGCCAUUGUCAAGUGCGAGGUACACAAUGCCGUCGGAAAAAGUGAAGAAAGUGAAACGUUGGAUAUUAGCUAUGGCCCACAGUUCAGAACGAAGCCACGCUCACUACAAGCUGAUCCUGGUAGCAGUGUGACAUUAACCUGUGACGUAGACGGCAAUCCAUUUCCUGAUAUUUCCUGGUAUCACGAGGAUAGCACACGUGUUAUCAGCUCUAACACAAACUUGACUUUGCGAGUAGAUACCACCAGCGCAGGACGGUACUACUGCAAAGCACACGUGCCUGGUUUUCAAGACAUUCACGCUGAAGCCGCCAUCUAUUUGAAAGGACCUCCGUCCAUUGUCAGUCACCGGACGCAGUUUGGCAUCGAGGGUGAUAAUGUAAGGGUCGAAUGCACCGCGUUUUCCAUACCGGCGCCCCAACACGUCGUGUGGACGUUUAACGGACGUGAAGUUGAUCUCGACGAUCAGGACUACUCUAUACUGGAGGACUUCCUCCCCGACGGCAUCAAAUCAACUUUAAUUAUAAGGGAAUCGCAAGGCAAACACUUUGGCAUGUACAACUGCAGCGUGUCGAAUCCGUACGGUGCGGAUGUUGUAGAAAUUAAUCUCAUGCCACAAAAAGUGUUAUUUGCAGAAAACAUAUCAUCGACGUUCAUUAUAUUCGGAGGAAUUGGAGUCGCCAUUUUUGUGCUGAUUGUGGUCAUUACUAUCUAUUUGUGCCAAUGUCAAAAAAAUAAGAAGACACCUCCAGAAGGUGGCGAUACCAACGUAAUUGAAAAACAAUGCAAGGAAUCUGACCGAAGUUCAAAUAUCUCCGACUUAAAACUGGACUUGAGAACGGGGUCGUCCAAUAGCAAUAUGCAUUGUGAGAUGGAUUACAUACCAGGCGCCGAAUCUGAAACCGGUAGUGAAUCAGUAAUCACUCGCAUUGGUGUGCCACUCGCAGGCCCAGUCAAUGUUCCAGGCCAGGAAAUUUAUCGUUAUUCCGCAGACUAUACGGAGCCCACAUUCCCCCCGAAGUAUUUUUCACAGGAUGGCCAAAAUAACAACGGGUAUGUCCCGUAUGUUGACUAUUCUCGGGACUAUAAUCCGCCACUGAUGCAACCACCGAUCACUUCUUCAUUGGAUCAGAGUCUUCAAUCGACGCGACUACAGUUGAACUCGUUACAGAACCAUCAAAUUCCAGUGUCGGGCACGAGCCUUCCAAUGAGCGAUCUCACCGACCUGCACAUUGUCACCUCGCAGAGCUUGAGCCUCGGCAACGGGUCUAUUCCCGGCAUCGGUCACAUAGACCCACGCUUCAGUGCCACUUAUGGAAAUCCUUACCUGCGCAAUCCAAGCAUAGGACUGCCGACGCCGAACACCGCCAAUCCGGCUGCGACGCCCGCACCUCCGCCAUAUUCCAGAGACAGUUCGCGGAACUUAAUAAACUCAAGUGGUAUGGUGACUGCUAGUGCAAACGUAGUGAACACCGUCCUCGCGAAUGGCGCAAACGGUACGCUGCCACAAGUAACGAGACUACCGAAUUCGCCCACAAGCCAAUACAUUGUACCCAACACCAACGUUAACUCGUUGAAACGGGGCACGAUGGCCACGCAUGUAUAAUAUUUGUAGUUUACUCGUAAGUAGACUUGUUUCCCCUUCCCAUAUUCAUCCUAAUGGACUUACUUAAGUGAAUUGAGAAAUUAUGAAGAAAUUUAUAAAGAAGACUGAGAUUUCAUUAUUUUUACAUACGUUUCUAGUUUUCUACUUAAAUUAUAAAAAUGACCCCCCCUGUUAGCAACAACUGCAUCGCAUUUUAACAUGGCGCAGGAUUUGUUAUGAGACGUACGGUCACGUGUAAUUCAGUCAUAUCUAGAAAAUACAUAUAAAGCAUUAAUUGAAUUGUUGAAAAGACAUAAUAUAAGAAACUACUGGGUCGGAGAUUAAUAUAACUAUAUUUAAAAUUUAAUGAUACGUACAUAUAAAAACUCGUGCAUAUUUAUGGUCCCAUAUCGUUUUUCUAUUCAAGAUUUUUCACGGCUUACGUAGUAUUCUCCAGCUGUACAUAUCGAGACAACAAUAUAAUGUAUUUAUUGAAUUUAAGAACAAGCAAAAAACGAACUAUCAGUGAUUAUUGUACAUCGACAUCAAUUUUAAAAUGUCAAUUUGUUAUAUGAAAAUGAAAAUAUGUUUUCAAAAUAACGUGAAACGAAAACUGAGAAUACACUUCAUAUAAUUAUAUGAACGAUCAUAAUAUAUAAGUUUGUUUUCAAUAUUCUUAUGGUUUAUUGAGAAUGUAUAAAAUUGUAAAAUUUGUUAACGAGCUUCCAAAUGAUCUGAUACAUACAUAAUUAGUGGAAUUCCUAAAUUAUUUUAUUUUCUUUUGUGGCGAUUGUUACGUACUAUACCAAAGAUUUACGAUGUUGAAAUUAACUUUUGUUUUACCAAAUUUUCUAACGUACUUAUUAUUUUAUUAAACAACUCAAUUAAUUCCUAUCAUCUACAUAAUUGAAGACAAUAUGGUAAUCUGUGCGCUAAACUGCAAUUAUUCGGCGCAUGCCUGUGAGCAAUGUAAAUAUUUGAAAGGUCAAUCAAUUUUAAUGUUGUAUGUGUUUAAUUAAUGCAUUGAGUCUGUAUUGCGUAAACUCCGAGACGUUCUGAGAUUUGUACAAUUGCUAAUUGAAUCAUAUCAUCUUUCAAUAUCUUUUUACUAUGUGUACAUUGUUGUAAAUUAUUAUUUAUAGUUUGUAUUAUACACUCCAAUAUGUAUUAAAAAUUUGUAAAUAAUUGAACCGUUCCUUUUGGGAAACGCAUUUGCCGUCACGACUUGAGAGUCUGUCAUCAAAAACUAACAAGAACACAUCAAAUACCUAAUGAUUAUCAUCAUAUGCUCUUAUAUCGUAUAGUCCCGUAUUUUUUAUACAUACGUAUUUUGUUAUGAAUAAUAUUUAGUCAAUUAUACGAUUAAUUCCAUUAAACAUACGAAACGUGAAGCAAAAAUGAAUUGCGGUGAUUUAUGUAAAUUAGAAUAUUACUUAGUAAUUUAGCUCAAGAUGUAAAUAAUAAUACAUACUGAUUUUGAGGACGAAAAGAUUCUUACAGUUUUCUAUGCUAUUAGAAAAUACUGUUAUAUUAUUGUGUAAUACAUUUUUCUUGAAAAUAGCAAUAUAGUAUUUGAAUUUG